AUGGCAUUGGUUUCGGCGCUCCAGAUCCCCUAUAGGGAAGCCCGCGAUGGGUUCUGGGGGCAACAGACCUCGACUUUGAAUUGGUGCGAGGAGGACUACAACAUCACUUUCUACUGCGCUGAGGUCGUCAACACGCUCACGAAUCUGGUGUUCCUCUGGCUCGGGUACACGGGCCUGCGCGAUGUGCUCGCAUACUCACACUCGAGGAUAUUCAUCCUCGUCUACAUGGGGUACAUGGUUGUCGGCAUGGGAUCCAUGGCCUUCCACACCACACUCAAGUAUGAGAUGCAGCUGGCCGAUGAACUGCCCAUGAUUUACACGGUGUGCAUCAUGGCGUUUGCCACGUUCUCUUACAGACGGCCGGCGAAGAUACAGGUCCUGAUUGCCGCGGCGAUUGUUGGGCUGGCGGUGUUCAUUACGGUAUACUACCUUUACGCAAUGGAUCCUGUCUUCCACCAGGUCGCCUACGGCCUUCUGACAGCUUGCACCAUUUUCCGCGGCUUCUACGUUAUGGAGCGGGACUUGAGGCCGCAGCUAAGCCAACGAGUUCCCGCCGAGUGUUCUCAGUACAUGCGCGAGAUGUACAAACUCGCGCUGACUGGCAUAUUCAUGUUCUUGGCUGGGUUUUUCAUCUGGAACAUGGACAACAUCUAUUGCCAUCAUCUAACGACCACGAAGAAGCAAAUGCUGCUUCCGUGGGCCGUGAUACUGGAAGGCCACGGUUGGUGGCAUAUUCUGACCGGAUUAGCCUACCACAUGAUCAUCUGGAGGGUGUGGUCGACUCGUUGUCUGGAGGGCAGCGAGAAGGAGUUCAAAUUGGAUUGGGCGCCUUUGUGGUCUGUUCCUCGGGUUCUGGUGAGAGAAAUUGAGGCACAAUCCAUUGCUGCCCAGCAACAGAUCAGCCUGGUCCGCACCCAGGUCGCCAGCAAGCAGCGCGAGAUGCGGCUGGCCCAGUUGACUCGCAGCGAGAUGGCGUCGCUACCGUCUGAUACAGCGGUGUACGAGGGGGUUGGGAAGAUGUACGUUCCUGCUCUUUUGUUUGUAUCUGUGCCCAUCACAGCCCUCCAAGACAAGCUGAGCUCGCAGAUCAAGGAGAUCGAGACGGAGGUGGACUCGAUGGGAAAGAGGCUACAUUACUUGGAAACUACGGCAAAGAACAGCCAAGAGCACAUCGAGAGGAUGCUCAAGGGCGGCGGGCAAUCAUCAUAG